UUUAACUGGGCUGGAUGAGUAAUAUAGCUGUCUCCAUUCCCUGGCGAGUAUGUGUGGCCACAAAGCUGAAGUAGUGGUUAGCCUGCUAACCCCAGCGCCAUCCAUGUAGUUGAGAAGCUAGCUACACAAAACGCACAGCUUGCCUUCCGCCGACGUGCACUUCCCCCACUCUCCCUCCAGCCGGCUAGCUGCAGCGUUAGUCCGGUACAUAAAAUGAAGCGACCAUCAGCAUUACGGGAAGCAGUGUGGCUCUUUGGAUUUUGCUGAUGUAUGAGGAGACAGUAUUGUUUUCGUAAGAUCUCUCUCAAGGAGGUCAGAAUCAGCUUGGGGGAUGGAUGAGCAGAAAUCAAACUGCGAAGAGAGCGAGUCUGAGCCAACAGCUGAUGAUAAAGCUUCUGCUAAACAACAUGUCUCCUCUGAUGGAGAGUCCCAAACUGUUCCUGCUGCUGAGGAUGUGUCCGAUGCUACUGUAGCCUCUUCAAGUACAUCUAUAGAGAGCGCGAGGGCCUGUGCUCUUUGCAACUGUGUGGAGCGCAGCCUUCACGGACAACGGGAACUGAGACACUUUGGGCCAACUUCAGAACGACCAACUCUCCAGCCAUCCGUUUUUCCUCUGCCCCAGCCUGGAAAUGAUGACUUGUCUUCCAUUGGAUUUUUGGACAUCCCCUGUGUGGCAUCACUCUUUGAUGACUCAGGGGGUUGUUGGGUUCAUCACUGGUGUGCGGUGUGGUCAGAGGGAGUGAAACAAAUGGAUGACGACAAGUUGGAGAAUGUGGAUAAGGCUGUUAUCUCAGGGACGCAGCAGCUUUGUGAAUACUGCAAAAGGCUGGGUGCAACCAUUCGUUGUCAUGCUGUGGGCUGUUCAGCGUUUUACCACUUUCCUUGUGCGGCAGCGAGUGGAUCCUUCCAAUCCAUGAAGCAGUUGGCCCUUCUUUGUCCACAGCACAUAGACAAGGCAGAAGAGCUGGCAGGUGAAGAAGCUUGGUGUGCUGUUUGCGACUCGGUGGGAGAGCUUACAGACUUGCUGUUCUGUACGGGUUGUGGUCUACAUUAUCAUGCGGCCUGUUUAGAGAUUGGGGCCACGCCCAUUCAGCGAGCAGGAUGGCAAUGCCCAGAGUGUAAAGUGUGCCAGACUUGCAGACAACCAGGUGAAGACUCCAAAAUGUUAGUGUGUGAUGCCUGUGAUAAGGGCUACCACACCUUCUGUCUCCAGCCAGCCAUGGAUUCGCUCCCCUCAGAUCCAUGGAAAUGCAGAAGGUGUCGUGUAUGUAUGGAGUGUGGGGUCCGUGGUCUCGUGGUGCCGGGUUUGGCUCAGUGGUUUGACAACUAUGCUGUGUGUGAGGCCUGCGAGUGUCAGCGCAGCUCGGUGUGUGGCGUCUGCAGCAAAGCUGCAAACCCAUCUGUUGCUCUUCAGUGCUGCAGCUUAUGCCACAGGUGGGUGCAUACUGAGUGUGCUUUACCAGGUGAGCUCCCAGAAGUCAAGACCAUAUGCCUGCUAUGUAAGGAAGAUCAUCAUCAGCAGGAGCAUCUCACUGAGGCAAACACAGCAGAGACGCAAACCGCAGAGGCGGUUCACGAGACUGAAGGACAGAUAGAGUUGGUGGAGAUGACAAUCCAAACAGACAUGACGACAGAAGAGCAGAUAGACGUAUCUGAGGCGACACAAGGCGAGGGAAGCACAUCAGAGAUGGGUCUGGCAGAAGGGGCUGAAGAGGCGACACCCAUGGACCUAGGUGCGGCGACUGCAGUUGUGGAGACAACAAACAUAGGUGACAAAGCCUCGAAGGAGGAGCUGAAGAUAGAAAAAGAAUGCACUUCAGAGGGGCCUGCUGCUUUCUUUGAGUCUCCAGAUGGAGAGUGCUCAACAGAACAAGGUGCCUCUUGUCUACCUGCUGAUGAAAGGAGAGCAGGAAAGGCAGUCAGCCAGGUUAUCCAAGCUGACUCUCUGCAGGAUUCCACUGCUGAGAGACUGUCUCCAAAUCCUAAAGUAGAAGCCAUGCAGGAGAGCCCUGAAAAUAUGGAGGUGGAGAAACGGAAGACUAUUCUUUCUGUGGUUAAACCUAUAUCAGCAGAGUUGUUCAAUUCUGCUUCUGAACCAUUCAGUAAGACUGUGUCAAAGUUCUCACCUUCUCAAGCAUCUGUGGCGAAACAAAAGCAUGUACUGCUCUCUGAUGAGCAAGACACACGUCCAUGCCAGGAGCGCCAGUUGUCAUUUCAUCUUUCUUUAUCACCUGUCACCCAAGAAGAGCGCUUUACUGCCAACAUGGACGAGAGGCUACUACCUCACUCUGAAGAGGACGACGAUGAAGAUGACGAUGAGCAAAUGAAAGAAGGGCACGAUUUGGAGAUAAAGCAGGAACCACAGGAGCAUGAGGUUAAGUCAGAGUCACUGCUGGAUGAAUUGUCCAAUAUGAGCCAUGGAGAUGAGAGUAGCAGUGGCUUCUUGGGCUCUCCUGGAGAACCGGAUCAUCAACUCUCUAUGGACCUUGGGCUAAUAUCCACUGGCCGCUCUCAUGCAGAUAACAUGCUCACUGAAACUGAUGACUCUCUUCCCUUUGAACCCUUCCGAAGUGAUGGAGAGAAGGUGAAACGCAGGGGAUCCCCUGGCCGCUCACGGGUGAAACAGGGGCGAAGCAAUAGUUUCCCUGGGAAGCGUCGACCUCGAGGGGGUGGCGGAGGGAGAGGGCGUGGUGGGAGGUCACGCCUCAAAGCCAUGGCCUCUUGCAUCGAUGCCUUCUUGUUAAGCAUGACCACAGACUCUGGAAUAAGUAAGGAGGAGGAUGAUGAAGAAGAUGACACCAUGCAGAACACAGUAGUUCUUUUCUCAAACACUGAUAAAUUUGUUCUGCUCCAGGAUAUGUGCGUUGUGUGUGGCAGUUUUGGAAAGGGUGCAGAGGGGCAGUUAUUAGCUUGUGCGCAGUGUGCUCAGUGUUACCAUCCUUACUGUGUGAACAGCAAAAUCACCAAGACAAUGCUCCGGAAGGGCUGGCGCUGUUUGGAAUGUAUUGUGUGUGAAGUAUGUGGAAAGGCUUCGGACCCCUCCCGUCUGUUGCUGUGUGAUGACUGUGAUGUCAGCUAUCACACCUACUGCUUGGACCCGCCCCUGCACACAGUACCCAAGGGUGGUUGGAAAUGCAAAUGGUGUGUGUGCUGUGUACAGUGUGGCUCUAACUCUCCAGGUUUCCAUUGUGAGUGGCAGAAUAACUACACCCACUGUGGCCCCUGUGCCAGCCUUGUCGCUUGUCCGGUAUGCCGAGAGAACUUCAUGGAGGAAGAGCUGCUCCUGCAGUGUCAGCACUGUGAUCGAUGGGUCCAUGCUGUCUGUGAGAGUUUAUACACAGAGGAUGAAGUGGAACAAGCUUCUGAUGAAGGCUUCGCAUGUACAUCCUGCAGCCCGUAUGUUCCGAAACCUGUUGUUGAGUCUGCCAUUAUGGCUUCAAUAAAGAUUAAAGAGCCAGAGCCCCAGUUCUACCGGUUAGAGGGUGUCUGGCUGACAGAAUCAGGAAUGUCCCUGCUACGAACCAUAUCCAUGUCUCCCCUGCUCAAGAGACGUCAGCGUCGCUCCCGUCUUGGCGCCUUGUGUUGUGAAGGAGUGCCUGAUGGAAUGGAUGUGAGGGAGGAAGGAGAAGGGGAAGAGGGAAAAGUCUGCGGGGAGUCUAUGGAUUGUGACACUAAGAUGGAGAACUCUGGGAGCCCUGACAGAGAAGGUGGAGUUGAUGGAGGCGCAGAUGGCAUGGCUGAAUGCGAGGGUCUCAAAGGGGGGGCAGAGGAUAUGGAAGAUGGUAAAAAAAGAAAACGUAAACCUUAUAGGCCUGGAAUUGGAGGCUUCAUGGUGCGACAACGGAAGUGUCACACACGAUUGAAGAAAGAAUUUUUUGCCCAACUGGCUGGAGAAACUACUUUAGAUGGACAGCCUAUAGAGAGAACCAUCGAAGAAGGACCUCAUCCUGACACCGAUAACAUCAUGGAUCCUAAACCAUUGGAGGGUGAAGAACAGGCCAAGAAGCGCCGGGGACGAAAAAAGAGCAAACUUGAGGACAUGUUUCCAGCAUAUCUUCAGGAAGCUUUCUUUGGAAAGACACUUAUAGAUUUGAGUAAGAAGGCUGUAAUGACACUCCCCGGACAGAGGCAAGCCGCAUGCCUUCUUCGACCCUCAUUGCCAGCACCAUCAGGGGUCAGAAUUACUUCUCCAGAGACUGAGGCCAAGGAUCGUACGAUGGAUCAUCUCAAGCAAGAGGGGGGUCAGGCCCCCCAUGCUCAGGGAGACUGUACAGAUAUUUUUUCAGCAGUUUUUGCACCAUCCUCAUCACUGAAGGACCUAGGGUCAACUGAUCCUCAUGACUCUGAUGCAGAAAAAAGUGAAGGUCUUCCACAAGGGGUAGAGAAUCAAGAUUCUGAGCAGUUCUUCAGGAAGGUUCUGGGAGUGUCAGAAGGCUCCACCUUGGAGGGUAUGAAGCCCAUCUCUGAGGGUAAUAAGGGAGAACUCAAUUGUAGCACUCUGCCACAAAGAGCUCUCCUCCCAGGGUCUCUGCCCUCAGCUGGGGUUAUGGAUGCUUUCCCUGGCCUUUCACAGCCACCAUUCUUUGACAUGAGGGACAAAGGAGGGCUGUUUAGUCCAAAUGGUGGUGAGGAGAGCCCGUGGGCAACUCCUUCUACCCCAGUGACUCCUUCCUCCCCACCAACCCCCACUGAGGCAGAAGGUGAUGGACUGUCUUACAAUCAACGCAGUCUCCAGCGAUGGGAGAAAGACGAGGAGCUGGGAGAGUUAUCGACCAUUUCUCCGGUGCUUUAUGCAAACACCAACUUUCCCACUCUAAAACAGGACUACCCAGACUGGGCAAGUCGCUGUAAGCAAAUCAUGAAGAUCUGGAGAAAAGUGUCAGCAGCUGACAAGGUUCCUUAUCUGCAAAAGGCCAAAGAUAACAGAGCAGCUCAGAGGAUCAAUAAGGCGCAAAAACAGGCAGAGAGUCAGGUGUGCAGGCCAGUUAAGACAGAGCCAGUGCGUAUUAAAGGGGAAAGACCUAGUUUACACCUCCAGAUUCCACCACCUUCAGGAUCUACGUCCAUCUCAUCUCAGCCAAGCUCAGCAGAGAGCCCAUAUCCCUUCCCCCCAGAUUCAGGGUCUUCCUCUGUCUUUUUCUCAGAUGGUAUUGUAAAGACCCCCGGAUCAGCUGAAAUCCAUACAGAUCCUUUUGUCAAGCUCCCCCCCCAGUCACCUCGUUCUCACUCUCACCCACCAACUCCUUUAACCUAUACUGGGGCUAGCCCCAUACAGGCCUCCUCCUCAGGUUAUUCUGCUUCCGGCCCACAGGGUCCUCCUCAGGGACGGCCAGCUAGUCUUGGCCCCUUUGACAUGCAACUAGGGACUUCGGGAACCUCCAGACGGGCUCAGCAGGUUGACCCCUACUUCAGAUCACAGUUACAGCAGCAACAAAGUCAUUUAUCGCAAUCUGAGCAAGGCUCUCAAGAGUCCCAUACACCUUUACAAAGUCCUCAUUCAAGAAGUGCUGGAAUUGGUGGAGAGUCAACCAUUUUCUCACCACCUCAUAACACACACUACGGGGACACUCAAAGAACUCAACAAGGCAUGGGGCAGACUGAAUACAGCUCAUCCCCAUUAUCGUCUGCAGUGGCCUCUUCGCCUGCAGGCACAGGCCAGUACAGGGCUGAUAUGAGCGCACCUUCGCCUCGCUCCACUACUGUUGGAAGGCCUGAGCUUGCCACUGGCUCUCCUGCUGGGAUGCUGGAUUCUGGUGAUGGAUUUUUUAAGGCACCCAUGACGCCACGAAUGCACCAAGGAGAAGGUGGUGCACUUCAUCACGGAGCCUCCCCAAGCCAUCCUUCAGAGGGUUACAGGCAGUCUCCGUCUCACUCUCUAUCUGAUGCCCACGCUCAAUCUCCAGUAACUUCCAAGUUGCAGUCAGGUGAUAGUUGUCCUCUCGGACCCCAGAAAAACCCUGUAACUCAACAGGAAUUGUGCCCGAGAAUUCCCUCCAGCCCACAAUCCCAGGGCAGUUGUCAGUCUCCCCACACUCCAGGUGGAUUCUCCAAUGAUGCGUAUUCUGCCCAGUCUCCUCUGACCCCACGUUUCCAGUCCCCAGAUCACUGUUCUCAGCCACCUUCAAGGCCACAAUCUAGAGACCCUUUCACAACUAUCCACAAACCACCUCGGCCAACAUCUGUUGCACCAGAUGGAACUACAAAUGUCAAAAGCUCACCUAACCCAAAUCAGCCGCCUCCUUCACAUUCCAACAGUAGCUCCUUAGGGGAUCUUGUUACUUGCAAACCCUCAGCACCAUUCAGCCCUAGCACCGGAACCAUUCAGAUACCCCAACAGCAGGGACACAAUACACCAGGUCAGCCACAGCAAACCCAGCCACAAACACAGCAGACUCCUGGUGCGGACAACUACAGCUCGAGACAUAUACCUCCUUCUGGAUCUCAGGACCUGGCAGCUGUUCGCCCUCAAGAUGCACCUCAUCAGACAUCCUUGCCAGGUACUCAAGAAAUGCCUGAUGUGUCAGCAGUUCAAGAUCCAGCACUAGUGGGCCUUAGUCCCUCUGAACUGGAGAAGCACAGACAGCGUCAGAGAUUAAGGGAAUUUCUGAUCAGACAACAAAUGCAGCGGAACACCAUCAGACAAGAAAAAGAGGCAGCUGCAGCAGCUGCUGGCAAUGUAUCCCCUGCAUGGCCAGGAGGAGAGAUGGGUACAUUUCAACAAGACAAAACCCACAGAGCACCACCACCCUAUCCACAGGAUCGUGUUGCUCUUCCAACUGUGGGAACUCAGGCCUCAAUGGGGAAGAUGCCCAUUAAUGCUAGCGGAAUGGGGGACAAACUAAUUCGGCCACCAGCUACAGGAACCUCUGCCGUCAUGGAUCCUAGUACACCCAGGCCACAAGGGCCUCCCAAGCCGCAGGGCGUGUUUCCCCAUCCACCUUUCCCUCCUCAGUGGCAGGGUCAAGCUGCAGGGCCAAGGAGAUUUCCCCACCCUGGCAUGGAGGCUAUUGCCAUAAAGCACAGUGUCAACUCUGCUGUGAAUGUCCAGGGUAUAGAAGGCAUUGGUAACCCUCACACCAUGAUGCCAUCACAUGGAGGGGAAAAUGUCCAACCAAUAGGCCAAGUACCCCCACCACAGUUCAUUGAAUUAAGACACAACUCGCAGAGGCCACCACUUAGACCUCAGUUUAUGCCUCGUGGACCCCAGUCCAGACAGCGCCUUUUUGUCCCACAAGCGAUACCAGUACCCUAUGUUCAGCAGCAUCCAAUAGUGUCAGCUGGUGGUAUUCAAUCAGAUGGGGGCAUAGACACACAGUCGGGGUUACAGCAGAGUGAACUGUCAGCUUUAUUACCUCAACAGCCUACGGUCACAGGAACACAGCAGCCUCAGGCAGGAGGUUCAACUUCCAACAUUUCUGCUUCCGGGCAUCAUCAGCUUUCACAAUCAAGCCUAGUCCCAGAGCCCCAAACUGCUAUGGUAGAAAACACGGAGGAACUACCAGAGCCUGACCUUGAAGUCCUUGGGGAUGCCCCUGGGGAUGGAGGUGUGGAAGAUGAGGAGGAUUUAGGUCUCGACUUGGAUCCAGACAAAGGAGAUGAUGAACUGGGAAACCUGGACAACCUGGAAACCAACGACCCGCAUCUAGAUGACUUGCUUAAUAGUGAUGAAUUUGACCUGCUGGCUUACACUGACCCUGAACUAGACCAAGGAGACCCCAAGGAUGGUUUUUCAGACCAGCUACGCUUGGUUGAAGCCGAAAGUGAAACCCCUUCAUCCUCCUCUGGCUCUGCACUUGUCAAAGUAGAACAGAAAUCCAAGGUGGAAUCUGAGCACAAGACUCUCUCAACACAAGCUUCUCCAAGCAGGUCUGCUACCCAACUGCAACCCUCCUCUGACACUGUUGGUAACGCCAAGGUAAAAGUAGAAAGAGGUCUCACUCCUCAGCUCCAGUCAGGACAGACUGCUGUAAAAGAUGAAAUGGUAGAGGCUGUAUCUCUGCUUCUUGGGGGAACCACGUCUUCCACUGUGCCAUCACAGCAAGAAAACCAGCCAACUUCCCUCAGUUCUGUUCGAUUAGGGGGGCUUUCAUACUCGCUGCAAGGCCAAGAUGAUCCUUUGCCUUUUCCAACAGCUGCUACUCAUGCAGAUAUUGGUGAUGAUCCACUUGGGUUGCCCGAUGUUGGAGGACAGCACACUGCUGCUGUUGAUUUGGCGAAGGUAGAGAGCUCAUUGGAUGGUGAGCUGCCUCUCCUAAUACAAGAUCUGCUUGAACAUGAGAAGAAGGAGCAGCAGAAGCAGCAACAGCUUAACUCCCUUCACCAGGGAGGCAUGCCACCACAUUUUCCUUGCGUUCCAAAUCAACAGUCAAACCAACAUGUUCCUGGACAAUUAAUGCUGCCACAACACCACCGUCCACCACCCCAAGCAAUGAUGGCCCAGUCAGGGAUGGUAUCCCGUGCUCAACACAUGCUGCAACAACAAAGGAUUUUGGAACCAGGAAUGGUGCCACCACCUCACAUGACCAUAGCCCAACAGCAAGCCGUGGUGAGAAUGGGGCAGCCAGGAAUGCAUGCAGGUCUCAGUCAUCCACAGCAGCAACCUGUGGUGAAACAGUCACCUCUGUCCAACAAUUUCUUCCCAGACAAAGAUUUAGACAAAUUUGCCACUGAUGACAUAAUGGAUCCUAUUGCCAAGGCAAAGAUGGUGGCACUUAAGGGUAUCAAGAGAGUUUUGGCCCAGGACCCCAUGGUUGUGCCCUCUGGUAUCAACAGGCAACAGGUUUCUCUGCUUGCUCAGAGGCUGUCAUCUGCUCCAGGCACAGACCCAGGCCAAAUUUCAUCUGGUCCUCCAAAAGAGGGAGAAACCAGUGAUCCCACCCUGUCAAGACCUAACCCACCACAGUCUGUGCAAGGAAUCAUCAAUGAUUCAGAACAGCACCAGUAUGAAGAAUGGCUUCUUCACACUCAGCAGUUACUCCAAAUGCAGUUAAAAUUUCUGGAAGAACAAAUUGGAGUUCAUCGGAAAUCACGGAAGGCACUGUGUGCAAAACAGCGCACAGCAAAGAAAGCUGGCAGAGAGUUUGCUGAGGCAGAUGCCGAGAAACUCAAGUUGGUUACGGAGGAACAGAGCAAAAUUCAGAAACAGCUUGACCAGGUACGCAAACAGCAGAAAGAGCACACCAAUCUCAUUGCUGAGUAUAGAAGCAAGCAGCAGCAAAAUUCAGGCCUUCUAGCUCCUGGACAUUCAGCACAGGCCCCCCCACCUCACAUGUUUCCCAAGUUACCUGGCCAGAUGAUGUUGGGCCAACAAGGAACUCCAGUCAUGGGUCAGCACCCUGGUAUGGUUUCACAAGGUGGAAUGCCUGUUAGGAUGCCCCAAGGUCAGCCUUUCAUUGGAAGAGCCCAACACCAACUUCCAGGUACAAGGGCCCAAUGUCCCCCUGGUGCUUCAGCAGGAUUCUUCCCACAGGGGCCACCUGUCAUACAGGCUGCUGACCCCAGGCUUCUCCAAGAAAGACAGCUCCAACAUAGGAUGCAAAUGGCAAAACUCCAGCAGCAACAGCAAACAAUGAUGGGCCAGCAGCAGUUGUCACACGCAAAUCAACAGUCUGCCUUAAUAACUCAGCCACAGUCUAGUUUGAUAGGAAACCCACUGAUGUCCCAACAACAAGCAAAUCUUCAACAAGGGAUACUAGCCAAUCAGAUUAAUCAGCAGAGCAUAGCUCAAGGCCCGCAAGUAAUGGGUUCAGGUCAGUCUGUGGCUCUACAACCACAGAACUUUAUUGCAGGCCAGCCCAAUAACCAGGCUCAAGUCAUGACAACGGCUCAACCAGGAAUAAUCGGGAAUCAGCCAGUUGCACAACCACAACAACGCAGGCCUCAAAUGAUGGGUCAGCAGGGAAUGGCUGGAGCUCCAGGUCAUCCUGUCAGGGGUCCUCAGGCCCCUCUGACUCAACAACAACAACAACAGAACAUUCUUGCCCAACACAUGCUUGCUUCUCAGCAGCAACAACAGCAACAGAAUUUUGCUCAACUUCAGCAGCAGCAGCCAAUUGCACACCAAAGGCAAGCAACUCAAGUAAUGACUCAAUCCAAUCAAGAGCAAGGAAGGCUUUCCCAACCCUCUACACCACAGAUGGGUUCAUCCCCUUCCACAGGCAACAACACUCCUCAGCCACUGGGAGCUACAGAUGGUCAAACUGUAGCAACAAAAGAUGGUGACAUUCUUAGCCCUGAUACCAGAACUCCACCACAGCAUAGUGGGCCCUCAACUCCUAAUCAUAUGCAGCAGGUAGGCUCUGCAAAUGAUCAGCAAAAUGAUAUGGGGCGACAGCCACUUCAGCAGCAGCAUCAAGACCAGAGUUAUAUGAUGCAGCAACAACCAUCACUUCCUGAACAACAAAUGGGUUUGGUUGGAAACCAACGAACUGGUGUCGUUAAGCAACAACCGCAACAUCUACCAACUGUUGUACAGAGGCAAGAUUCAGGUAGUACGGUUAAAGAAGAAGGAAAGCCUGUCGCUGAUUUCUUAGCACAGCAACAACAGCACCAUGCUGUUCAGAAUGUCAUGCAACAGUCCCAAGAUCCCAGUAUCCAGCAACAGAUGAUGGGACAGAACCAUUCUGGCCAGCUACAGUCUGUAAUUAAUCCUCAACAGCAAGCUCUCAUUGCACAGCAGCAAAAACAGCAGGCCAUGAUGGGAAUGAUUAGAGUUCAGCAACAAGGUAUGAUUGCACAAAGGUCUGGGGUUCCAAAUGCACCUAUACGCACCCCUAUCAACAUUCAGGCUAUCAUUGCUCAAAAUCCACAACUACGCAAUCUUCCCCCAAAUCAGCAGAUACAACACAUCCAAGCCAUGAUUGCCCAGAGGCAGCUACACCAGGGUCAAAUGCUGCGGACGUCAGUGGGUCAAGGUCAACAGAGUGAGUUGAGGCCUCACAUGCUACCGGGACAGAUGCCACAGGCUGGAAAACAAAUGCUGAGAAUGGAAGGGCAACAGAUGCUGUAUGGACCUAUGGGGAAGCCUGGAACUAUGUGCAUUCAACAACCGAGCGGUGCUCCUCAGUUUCAGCAGGGGAUGAUGGUCCCAGGGCAACCACAGCCGCAAACAGGAAAGACUAUGCAGAAUCAAGUUAUGAGAGGCCAGUUACAGAUGCCACAAUCUCCCAUGGACCAGAGCCGUUUAAUAAGGCCCACAUCUCCACGUCAGUCACUCCCCACGCACCCCAGUGAUCUCAGACACCCACUGAAUCAAGCAGUAGGGAUGCGUCUGCCCACUCCUAACCAACACCAACAGCAGACACUAAUGGCAGCUGCAGGCCGCAUACAGGGAUCCCCUUACAAUGCAUAUUCUCCAAGAGGACCUUUUGGCAUGAGCCCCACCCACCCUGCCUCCCCACUCUCAUCUCAUGUCCCUUCACCUUCUGUAGUUGACAACAGAGCUGGAAGAGGAAGUCCAUACAGUCAUACCAAGGUGUCUCCACUGAGGUCACCAGGAACCAAGACUCCACUUGAAUGUCCAGGACUAAAAAUAGAAUCACAGACAUCGGCCAGUGAAACAUGUCCUACUCCAACUCCACUUAUUCCAAAUGGUCCACAGACAGGAGUGAGUGUCCAGCAACAGUUACAAGUUGCAGACAGCCGUAUUCCUUACACACAGCAUGGCUCUACAGAAGGGGGUCUAUGCAAGAUGACACUACAUAACAUUAAACAGGAGCCAAGGGAAGUUCAGUGUGAUGAUGCAGAAGAAGCACAUUCUGGUAGUAUAAAGCGAGAAGCAACAAGUGACAUGGUUACUUCAGGAAGCAAUGCUGCAUUUAUUAAUGCAGAUGACCUCGCCGCAGAACCUGAGGCGCAAGGUACUAGAUCUGAAACUGGACAGCAAUUACUACAGAAACUCUUAAGAACCAAGAACCUGCAGCUUGCUGCCCAGAGGCCCUCUGAAGGUAUCCAUAAUGAGAUCAAUGGCCACAUUAACAGCAAACUGGCAAUGCUGGAACAAAAACUUCAAGGGACUCCACGAAAUAUGGAGGAUUUGCAAUCUAUAAGUAAAAGGGUUCCUGCACAAAAGCCCAAACGUCCGGUUAAAGCACCUGGAGACCGUGGGCUUAAUGCACGGAAGAAGAAUAAGAAGGAAGAAGUUGGAAAAAGUGCUGAAGCCUUGAUAAAGCAACUAAAACAGGGUCUGUCUCUUCUGCCUCUCAUGGAACCUUCCAUCACAGCUAGUCUAGAUCUGUUUGCUCCUUUCGGGAGCAGUCCAGCCAAUGGAAUAGCUCAGCUCAAAGGAUCCUUUGGAAAUGCAAUGUUGGACAAUAUCCCAGACUACUAUUCUCAGUUACUUACCAAGAGCAACCUCAGCAACCCACCAACACCUCCAUCUUCCCUGCCGCCGACACCACCACCUUCUGUACAGCACAAGCUGCUCAAUGGAGUGACUUCUGGGGAGGAACUCUCGCAUGCUCAGAAAGAUGCAGGGUCAACAAAUGAGCCAAUGGAAGCGGUAACAGAACAGACAAAAAGUGUGGACAUUCUUGCAGCGCUUCCCACUCCACCUCAUAACCAGAAUGAGGACAUCAGGAUGGAGAGUGAUGAUGAGGAUGCUCCAGAAAGUAUCAUCCCAGCAUCAUCCCCUGAGAGCAACGUUGGAGAUGAAACUCCACGUUUCCCUCAUCUGCGAGAGCCAAAGGAAGAGGAGACAGAGAGAGCAAUAUCCCCCAUCAUCCCUCUCAUUCCUCGCACUGCUAUUCCAGCUUUCUCUGAGAACAAACCCUUGGAAGCAACUGAUAGCAGAGUGGUUUCCCUAUCCAACAACUGGGAUAAGGCCAAGAAUAAUGAGGUGGCUGUUACCUUCACAUUGUCCUCCAUGGCAGCAAAGAAACUUAACCAUGUGAUGAUGGCAAUGGCCCAGUUGCUCAAGAUAAGGAUGCCAGGUUCAUACGAAGUGACCUUCCCCUCCCAAAACCCAGACACGCCUGCAGUGGACGAUCCUGGUAAAGGGCCUUUACAGCCAGGUGCUCUCAGUCUAAAGGACAGUGCCUCAUCCAGUCAAGAUGAAUGGUUAAGGCAAUUUGAUGUGUCUCUGCCAGGCUGUACAUUAAAGAAACAAAUGGACAUUCUGACACUACUUAAACAGGAAUUUGCAGAUAAUGAAGACAAACCAGCCCAGCACUGUUACACAACCAAUGUAAAUGACUUGGAUGUGCGCCACCUUCCCAUUAUACCAUUGGAGGAAUCACCACCUCAUUCUCCAACCCCUCCACUUCCUUGCUCCCCAGCUCCAGUUCCAACUAAUGAAGCAGAAACUCCCAAAAAGUCAGCUCCUCCAUCCCACUCGCCUGUCACUCUAGCCACUGUCCCAAUCAAGACGGAGCCUGAACAGGAUGAUGGUCCUUCUUUAGAAGGGGCUCUGUCGACUGAGUCAGCAGUUGUCGGUCUAGAGACAGCCUCUGACACAGCAGUUGACCAAGCAGGUUCUGAUUCCGCUGCUCUGACAGAAGAUGGCACAAAUUCAGCUUGCAAGAAAGAAGAAUCAGUCAAUAAUCCUCUCAUCAAAGAUUCUCCGAGCCCACUGGAAUCCUCCCCUAAGGCCCUGAAGCAGCGCAGGCCUCUCUCCCCUGAGGAGGAGAUCUUACUGCCCAAAGUGAAAAAAUGGAAGGGGAUUCGCUGGAAGCGUCUGCAGAUUGUCAUAUCGAUACGUAAAGGUGGCUCUAAAAAAGAGAGCAGCCGUGAAGUGUCUGAGCUGAUGGAGCGUCUUCGUAUAACGCUGCGACCGGACAAGUUGCCACGUGAUAAACGCAAAUGUUGCUUCUGCCAUGAGGAGGGUGAUGGAGCUACAGACGGGCCUGGACGCUUGCUUAACAUCGACGUGGACCUGUGGGUGCACCUCAACUGUGCCCUAUGGUCCACCGAAGUAUAUGAGACUCAAGGAGGUGCGCUUAUGAACGUGGAGGUGGCACUGCGUCGUGGAUUGCGGACUCUGUGUGCGUUCUGUCAGAAAACUGGUGCAACCAACAGCUGCAACCGACUGCGCUGCCCAAAUGUCUACCACUUUGCAUGUGCCAUCCGGGCCCGCUGCAUGUUUUUCAAGGACAAAACCAUGUUGUGCACCCAGCACAAACUGAAGGGCCCCAGCGAAGAUGAACUAAUCUCUUUUGCUGUUUUACGGCGUGUCUACAUAGAGCGUGACGAAGUCAAGCAAAUAGCGAGCAUCUUGCAGCGAGGGGAUCGCAUCCACCUUUUCCGCGUUGGUGGUCUCAUCUUUCAUGCAGUCGGUCAGUUGUUACCCUCCCAAAUGACCAACUUCCACUCGCCUACAGCCAUCUUCCCUGUUGGCUAUGAGGCCACACGCAUCUAUUGGAGCACACGUGUUCCCAACAAGCGCUGUCGCUACCGUUGCCGCAUCGGCGAGGAUGAUGGCCACCCCUUAUUUGAAGUGCGUGUCCUCGAACACGGCAUGGAGGAUUUGCACUACCGUGACGCGACUCCUCAAGGAAUCUGGGAGCAGGUGGUUCAAAGUGUGGCCAAACUCCGGGAUGAUUCAUCCAUGUUGAAGCUGUUCACUGAACAUGUCAAAGGAGAGGAGAUGUAUGGCCUCACAGUUCAUGCUGUCAUGCGCAUCACUGAAUCGUUACCUGGAGUGGAAAAUUGCCAGAACUACCAGUUUCGGUAUGGCCGUCACCCACUGAUGGAGCUCCCUCUCAUGAUCAAUCCCACUGGCAGUGCUCGCUCGGAGCCCAAAGUCCCAACACAAUGCAAGAGGCCUCACACCCUGAACAGCACCAGCGUGUCCAAGGCUUAUCAGAGCACCUUCACUGGCGAGAUGAACACGCCAUACAGCAAGCAGUUUGUCCACUCCAAGUCGUCUCAGUAUCGACGCCUGAAGACGGAGUGGAAGAACAACGUGUACCUCGCUCGCUCUCGUAUUCAGGGCUUGGGCCUGUAUGCCGCUAAAGAUCUGGAGAAGCACACUAUGGUCAUCGAGUACAUUGGCACUGUCAUUCGCAAUGAGGUGGCAAACCGUCGUGAAAAGAUCUAUGAGUCACAGAACCGUGGCAUCUACAUGUUCCGCAUCAACAACGAGCAGGUGAUUGACGCCACUCUGACUGGUGGCCCAGCUCGUUACGUGAAUCACUCCUGCGCCCCCAACUGUGUUGCAGAGGUUGUCACAUUUGACAAAGAGGACAAGAUCAUUAUCAUCUCCAGUCGCAGGAUCCCCAAAGGAGAGGAGCUGACAUACGACUACCAGUUUGACUUUGAGGAUGAUCAACACAAGAUCCCCUGCCACUGCGGAGCGUGGAAUUGCCGAAAGUGGAUGAACUAAUAAGACCGAGGGAGGAAAAUGGAGCGGGUGCCAGAAAGCCUUUCUGCGCCAAAGCCUUUUUUUUUCUUGAACUUGACUUAGCCAGUGCAUAAGCUGUCCUCAUACAAGUGGAGGAAGGCUGACCUCCAUCGUUUGAUGACUCCAAGCAACAGUCGACACGUGUAGCCAAAGUUUGAAGAGCAUUAAUCAGCAGAAAAAAAACAACCACCACCUGCAACUGCAGCUUGAUGGUGGACACUUCCAUUUUUAUCCCAGAAGGGGGCAUUUUUGAAUCACCCUUUUCCUCAGCCAAAAUCCUUUUUUUUUUUUUUUUUUUUUUUUUUUUUUUUUCCAGUCAAUCUAAAUUACUCUUCAUCUUCACUCUUCCUCCUGUCAACAACCAUGCAGCCCUCACUCACACUGAGCUGCAACAAAAAGCCAUUUUUUAAAUACUAACAAUGAACUACGAACGCAUUUUUUGUUCUAAGUCGGACCUACUUCCUUCCUGUCUCACCACUUACCACACCCCCUCGAUAAAAGGCACUUUUUCCCCCAUGAAAUCAUCAAUGAAGACAACAGAAUAUUGGCUAGCUAGACAAUCUUAAUAUGAGGAAGAAGUUCAUGCCAUCAAUGGAUGCAUGGAUGGACAGAAGACUCCAGAGGCACCGGAUGCUCUUGACUGUGUGGAGUCGUAAGGUUUGUUGGACCCGGUCUACCUCAUUGAUUUAGUGGGAAGUGACUGCUUUGUAUAAAAACAUUUUUUAAAAACUGCUACUGUGGAAUUUUAGGGGUGGGGUGGGGCCUUCUCGGACAAGCAGGGAAUCUUAAGCAGCAGGUUUGCUCUAUCUACUCUAUGCUGAUGAUCAUUUACAAUAAGGAGCCAAGCUGAUAAUUAUCAUUAUUAUGAAUCAUGACUUAUUUAUACAGAGGAAAUAUAUGAUAAGCAUUUUUGAGAAGAUGUUGCAUUAAAUUAACUAAAACAACAAAACAAAAAAAAGGCAAUCGCAAGCUCAGCAUCACGUCCUGCAUACCACCAAAUCAUCCUGGAUAGCCAAGUAGCUUUAUUCUUUUUCCUGCUUCUUGAACUCGCUCCAUCUACUUUAUUUGGUUGCUCCAAUGAAACAACAACCACAAGACAGUGGAUGCAUGACUACUAAAAUCACCUUUUUUUAACCUCUUCCUCUGUCUUAUUUAGUGGACUUUUGUAUAAAAAAACAACAAUUUACUGUAGUAGGUCUUCCUUUUGCCUGAGUACAGCCUGCAGUCUUUCUACUUCCCUUGUAGUGUGCGAGAGAGUGUGAGUGUGUUUGUUUGCGUGCUUUUUUUAGUGCUGGUACUGUCCUCCAGGCUGAACUGAUGGCAGGGAAUGACUUAUUGGAUAAAAGGGCAUUUGUUUUCACUUCUACCUGAGAGUUUAGAAAAUGGAAAAAUAAAAGGUCUUUAAGGGAGCUUUACUAAAAAAAAAAAAAAAAAAAUCUCCACCUUCCCAUAUGACUAUAUUCCUCCUUCCCCCCCAAAAAAAACCUAAGACCUCACAGGAUUUAAAAAAAAAAAAACAAAAAUGCAAAGUUGUACAAAAUGUAUAUAAAGGUAUAUGCAUUAAGGGGACAGCAAGUCUUUACCCAGCCCCCCUUUGUAAUCAAUAAAGUGUAGAGAACUAAAAUGGAGAGAGAAAAAAAUCAACCACUGGAUAUCAUUUUAACAAAGCUGUAUAUAAAUAUGAAUAUAUGUAAAAUGGCAAACUAAUAUCUUUAUGUAUAUGAACCAGAGUGUUUUUUGCAUUAAUCUUUUUUCUAUUAGUGUUUUUGCUAUAUGCUCUCAGAGUCAAGUUUGUUAAAAUAAUAAUAAAAAAAAGUAACGAGAAGCCAAGGUGAUUUCAUAAGAGGAUUUGUGUGAUGAGUGCUUCAUUAUUAGACAUGCAAAUCACAGCAGUAGUGCAUUGCAUUUGUAUUUAUGUAAUAUGGUUCCUGUUUUUGUUUUGUUUGUUUUUAAUUUAUGCUAUUGCUUGUUGGUUACCAAAUCAUGUCCUGAGCUCUGUUUCUUACAAUUGGAUGAAUAUACUCUUGAAUGGAACAAUUCCUACAAUCUUCUUAUUAGUGUUAUGCUUUUUUGGGGGGGUAUUUUCCCUCUAGAAGUGAAUGUGUUGGUAAACCUUGUGAAAUGGUUACUUGGGCUCAUGUAUGUCAAAAUCCCAAAUCAACCCUAUACUUAAUACUUAACCUGGUAAUGAAUUGCACUCUCAUUCAUUCAUAUAUAUAUAUAUAUAUAUAUAUAUAUAUAUAUAUAUAUAUAUAUAUAUAUAUAUAUAUAUAUAUAAUUUUAAAGUUUUUGGUAUGUUUCUAUUUGAAGAGAAGACCAUCAUGGGACACCCUUCACUGGAUUUUAGCCUGAGAAUCUUUUUGGAAAUUUUUUAUUUAAGUUCACAUCUUCUAAUUUAAUAAUAAAAAGUUUUUUCGAAUUGAAGUUUUUUUUUUUUUUUAAACCUCACCUGCUUCCCCCCCCCAAAAAAAAACCCGUCUGUACAGCAGAUAUACUUUUAGGGACUAUGAAUAAAUAUAUUGAUUUUUAUUGUAUGUGGCAUGUUUUGUAUGGAUAUUAUUUGAAAUUGUACAUAUUUUUUCAGGAAGCUAGAGGUUGCAUUUCUUUAUAUACAAUAUUUCAGCUUCCCCACCCCUUCCUCCGGGCCCCCUCUCAUCUUAUUUGUCUGCUUUUGUUUCUUGUAAACAAAAAUAAAAAUGCAUUUUGAA